AUGUUUUUCACUAGCUUGAAAACUUUUGUAAACAGUGUCUUAACUGUGUGGAGCUAUGUUCAGGGAGUUGCGACCCACGUGUCUAACUUUAUUUUUCCUACCACAACCACGGUAGCACCGGAAACCACCACAGCAACUAUUAAUCCAUAUUGUCAACUACCUUUAUGCGGUAGCGGACAUUAUUCAUGUCCGGAAGAGCAACUGACGCAAGAUUGUCUUCGGCAACGAUUAGCAUUUGAACGUCUGACGACGCUUCAGCCAAUAGCGAAAAAAUCCAACGCUGACAAUGAUGAUGAUAAUGAUGACGACAAGAAAAAAACGGACAAAGAUACCAACUCAUCUUCUGGAUUUAUGCUUGUGCUCGUUGGUGUAAUCGUAUUAGGCAUUGGUGGUUAUUUGUACAUGCGCUUUAGCCGUCAGAAGCCACCGACGGAGGUUGUAGAUGACACUCGGAAUAGUAGCGUAUGGGAAGUAUAA